GGAUCGAUAAAGAUGAGAAUAACAUGGCCAUCAGCUGAGAUGUUCUCAACGUAUUAAGUUGGCCUUUUCUUAUAGUCUACAAAUACAAAUGAGCUAGAGAUUACAUGCCAUCUUGAUUUUUCUCUGUUCUUUUGUACUGAUGGCAAAAUCGUACAAAUCACUUAAGGAGGACUUCGUGUCCAAUCUCACGGGAGGAGAUAUUUCAGAGAUCAAUUAUGUCACAUUUGUAGCGCCGGCUGCUGCACUACUUUGGUCUUCAUUACAAAGUCGACAAAAGUUUUUUCUUUCUUACGGUCCAACAGCAUUUGUAACGGACUUCCUACUCAACUGUGGGGCAAUUCUUUUUGCAAUAACUUCAUAUUCCUCAGCACCAAUAUUGCUCAACAUACUCUUGUUAACGCCAGCUUUGUUGCUAUAUGCUUUCCCUCCGGCGUCGCCGGCACGGAAUAAAAAGUUGAAACCCAGGGGUGAAGAAAAGGAAAGGUCAAAAAAUGACCAUUUGCAUCUUUCAACUCCAAAAACUGGACGGAUUGCGGGCGGACUCGAAGGAGAUCAUACGCAGACCUCUGAGUCGUCCGCACCACAGCUCGAUCCUUUUCCCAUCAGACCAUUCUUAACAACAUAUAGAGGUACAAUGCUUAUCAUCACCGCAAUUGCUAUCUUGGCUGUCGACUUCCGAGUCUUUCCACGGCGGUUUGCCAAGGUCGAGACCUGGGGCACCUCACUUAUGGAUCUUGGGGUUGGUUCAUUUGUGUUUUCGGCCGGCGUCGUCUCCGCAAAAGACGCUUUGAAGACAAGAUUGUCAGGAUCAUCAGUUACUCUGAAGAAUCGUCUUUUGAAAUCGAUCCGCCAUUCGCUGCCAUUAAUGAUUUUGGGUUUGAUCAGGCUCUAUAGCGUCAAAGGUCUUGACUACGCUGAGCAUGUUACUGAGUACGGAGUCCACUGGAAUUUCUUCUUUACACUGGGGCUACUUCCACCAUUUGUGGCUCUUUGCGACACCGCCUUCAGAUUUAUCCCAUCGUAUACGGUGCUGUCAAUCAUAGUGGGCCUGACUUACGAGGUUGUGCUUCAAACGACGUCACUCCAAGCUUUUGUUCUUACUGCGCCUAGAAAGGACUUGUUUUCGCAAAAUCGAGAAGGCAUCUUUUCAUUCUUCGGAUACCUUGCCAUAUUCCUAGCAGGCGAGUCCAUAGGGAUGUAUGCCUUGCCUCGCCAUCAUUCCGGGCGGAAAGAUUCGUCUCCGAAUAAAGAGCGCAAGCGGCUCAUUGUCUCGCUUCUCUCUCAAACCGCAUUGUGGACAGGUUUAUUUUACGUUUGUGCAAGUUACAAAUAUGGCUUCGAUCUUCGCGUAUCUCGGCGAUUGGCGAAUCUGCCAUAUUUCCUCUGGGUCACAGCCUUCAACUGCGGUCAGAUUUUCUUGUUCUGCGUCAUCGAAACGCUUUGUUUCCCGGGCGUGCAUACUGCGGCCGACAGAACGACAGAGCGCGCGAGGUGCGAUGAAGCAACAAGCAGAGUCCUACGCGCAUACAACCGCAACGGGCUUGGCAUCUUCUUGCUGGCGAAUCUUCUGACUGGUCUUGUCAAUAUCGCCCUGCCGACGCUGACCAUGGGUCCUCUGCCAGCCAUGGCAACGUUGCUAGGAUACACUAGUUUACUCACGGGAGUGGCGGCCGCGUUGGAUCAGCGUGGCAUCAGUAUCAAACUAUAAAUAUGGACGUGUUCCCUGUCCGUCUUCAAAUAGCUCAAUUGACAAUGACCCGACACGGGGAACGAAUUGACCAGUCAGAAUUUUGAACCGCUACCCUUUGCAUUUUCAGUCAUUGGCCGAGCAACUGAUACUG